CUAAGUGUUGCGGCAGGUACUGGGGAAUUUUAACAUUUUUGUUUUACCAUUUUAAACUGAUUUUUUAAUAACAUAGUAACUUAGUUGCUCUGAUUUAUAUGUAAAAAAGACAUACUUUCGUUUGUAACUAUGCGGAUGACUUUAACAUUAAAACAUUAAUUCAAUUAUUAAUUUUAAAUAUUAAGGGUAUAACAAAAGUCCCAUAAUGGUUUUCAAGGCCUAUCAGAGGCUCUUGAAGGACAGAUUUGUAUUAGUUCAAGCAUUACAAACGGGUAUUUUAAUGGGUACGAGUGAUGUUAUAGCACAAUUUGUGAUCGAAAAGAAAAAAUUAAAAGAAUAUCAGUUUAAAAGAACAGGACAGUUUGCUAUUUUUGGUAUGACGUUUGUGGGACCUACUCUUGCCAUAUGGUACAGAUUACUUGCAAGAUACAUCGGGCAAGCCAAGUCUAGCAAAGUUACUCUCCAAAAGGUUGCCUGUGAUCAGUGUAUAUUUGCGCCAACAUUUUUGGUAUUUUUUAUUUCGGGUAUAAAUUUUAUUCAAGGCAAAGAUGCCACUCAUAUUAAAAAUGAACUCGCUUUGAAGUACAAAGACAUUCUACUCACAAAUUACCAAAUAUGGCCGGCAGUUCAGUUGAUUAAUUUUUAUCUUGUUCCGUUAAAUUAUCAAGUUUUGCUUGUGCAAUCUGUAGCCAUUUUUUGGAAUACAUAUUUGUCCUGGAAAACGCAGAAUGUAAUGAAAACACAUGAGGAUUAAUGUAGUAAUUUUCAAGAAAUAAAGCGAAAAUGAAACC